AUGGCAAUCCCGAUGGUAUCACUUACACCGCUCCGGUUCUCCAAUGGAUCAGCAUCAUACACUUCUCCCACCGGCGAAAAGAUUCUAGCCUCUGUCAACGGGCCUGGGGAAGUGAGCCGACGUGAUGUGCAGAACCCAGAAGAAGCAACCUUGGAGGUGCUAGUCAAACCUGGUGUAGGCAUCAGCGGACCAGGAGAGCGGUAUGUCGAGGGUAUCCUGCGUGGGCUGCUGGGCAGGGUUAUCCUUAUGAGAGAUAAGAAUAUGGCGCGCAAAGGCGUGGUUGUCACUCUCGUCGUGGUCGAAAAUUGCAUAGUGGAUGGUAAAGUGGAUGUGCGAGGCGGAAGCUAUCUCUCAAUAUUACCCGCUUUGUUGCAAGCUGCGCUUCUCGGAUUGUUAUCAGCUGGGAUACCGAUGGCGAUGAUCUUCACGUCAUGUCUAAUCGCCAUAUCAGCUUCAGAUGACUUAGUCGCUAACCCAUCGACGGAGCAAAUAAAAUCCAGCAAGUCUCUACAUGUUUUGGCAUUUUCUUCAAAGGGAAACCUACUCUUAAACGAAAGUCAAGGUUCAUUUAAUCUACAGCAGUGGGAAGAUAUUUAUCAUCUCGCAGAAAGAAUAUGUCGUGGCAAUGGCACAGGCCAUGGAGAUAGAGAUAUUACAAUAGAUGGAGAAGCCGGCAAUACGCUCGAGAAAUCUAUCCGAGAGACUGUUGAAGAUAAGGUUAGAGAAGAAUUCUCUUGGAAGCUUGCAGCUGCUUGA